AGCUCUCGCUUGGGCUGCUAAUGGUUUAUUAUAGGGGCAGGGGAAGCCACGCCUCCCCGCGGGCAGGGAGAGAAAAUUCCCGCCGGCUCUCUCGGGAUGGGCGGGGCGGCUCCUCUGCGCGCUUCGCUACAUUCGCGUGCCGCUGGGGCUGAGCUUCAGUGGGUGGGGUGCCAGUUCCUGGCGCGAAGGGGAAGUGGGCAGGACUGAUGCGCGGAGCCCGGGUGGUGGUUUCGCGGGUUUCUGGCCUUUACAGAUUCUUGUUUGUUUUCUGCGGGGCGGGGGGGGCCUCACUCCUCUAAGAUCUAGGGGUUUGUGACGUCCCGCGAACGUCAUCGCGAAGCUCUCUCUGAGGGUCCCGUUUCCUAGCUACAGUGCCCCUUCCUCGUGAGCGCGAGGGGCGGACUAGCCGGAGUGCUGCGCCAGGUGUCUGUGUCCCGUCGAGGAACCAGCCGUCAUUGUGUAGCACUGGACCGGGAAUCAGGAGACCUGGUUUCUAAUACCUGCUCUGUCGCUAAGGAGCUGUGUGAUCUUUGAAGCUUAAGUGAAAAUGGUGCAUGUUAGAAGAUGUGAAACAAGGAAAAGUUCUAAAACUCAAGAGUGUGAACAGAAAUCUCGGGUUGAUUGGAGGCGGACUAAAAGAAGUAGCCUCUCACAAUUAUGUGAUAGUGAUGACGAGCUUGAGAGUGAUGACGAGUUUGAUAGUGAUGAAAGUGUUGACAAUAAUGCAAGUAUUGACAGUGAUGAAGAACUUGAUAAUAGCAAGGGGCUUGAUGGUAUUAAGAAGCCAGAAAAUGAAAGCGAGCUUAAAUUAAUUAAAGUUGAAAGUGAAGGGAACAACAGUGAGCAUCUCAUUAACACUAGCAACACUUCAGCAUAUGAGGAAGAAAAGAACAAAACCAAACAUGAAAGUAUUAACUUAUCAGAUCACAGAGAACAUUCAAGUCAAGAGGAGGAUGAUCUCAACAUACACACUGGACAAAUAACAGAGGAGGAUUUAGAAGAAGAACACAUCAAGCGAGGGAAGAGAAAAAGGAUCUCCUCGGUGAUGUAUGACAGUGAUGAGAGUGACGACAGUGAUAUCCUAGUUAGAAAAGUGGGCAUUAAGCGUCCACGUAGAGUAGUUGAAGACGAAUGUUCUUCAGUGGAGAUGGAGCAAAAAAACCCUGAAAAAGCAUUAGCCUCAAAAAAGCAAGAACAGCUCCAGAAAUUGAAAGAACUCUCAAAACAACGAUCUCGUCAGAGACGCACUAGUAGUAGAGAUUUUGAGGACUCUGAAAAGGAAUCCUGCUCAAGCAGUGAUGAAAAUGAGGAGGAGGAGGAGAAUUAUGAUGAAGAUGGAGAUGAUUAUAUCAUUGAUGACUUUGUAGUGAAAGAUGAGGAAGGUGAUGAAGAGAACAAAAGCCAACAAGGAGAAAAAUUGACCACGUCACAACUGAAAUUAGUAAAACAGAAUUCUCUUUAUUCUUUUAGUGACCACUAUACUCACUUUGAAAGAGUUGUGAAGGCUCUUCUGAUCAAUGCGCUAGAUGAUUCUUUCCUGGAAACAUUAUAUGAUGGCACCAGGCAAAAAUCAUAUGCAAAAGAUAUGUUGACAUCGCUUGAUUAUUUGGAUAACCGCUUUGUUCAGCCUCGUCUAGAGAGUUUAGUCUCUAGAAGUCGUUGGAAAGAGCAAUAUAAGGAGCGGGUAGAAAAUUAUUCUAAUAUAACUAUUCAUUCAAAGAAUCCUGAGGACUGUUCUUGCCAAGCUUGUGGAUUGCAUCGCCGCUGUAGCUUUUCAGUGCAUUUAUCAGGAAAGUUGUAUAACACCAGGACCAUGGAAACAGAUGAUUUCAUGUCACAGGAUAAACAGGUGUUUACUGUUGGCAGAAUUUGUGCUAAUCGUACCAGAAUUUAUCAUACACUGAAGCAUUUUAAAUUCAAGCUGUACCAGGAAUGUUGCUCCAUUGCAAAGACAGAAGAAGUUGAGGAUGAACAGGUUAAAGAAACAGUGGAGAGAAUUUUCAAUCAAUCAAAAGAAAGAGGCUGGAUUGAAGAGACCAGUUCUUGUGACCUGAGAGUGAAGAAGCACCUGGUGCCAAUCUGAGGAAAGGAUCUCGGCUGCCAGUUCUAAUGCCACCCACAUCCUCUUCUUGAGGACAUGGGACUGAGCAGUGAGCACUGUAACUGAAGAUCAAGGGGAAUGCAGAGGUUUCAGGCCACGGCACUGAUUUUGAUUCCCCCAUAUCCUAUUGAUCACUAAAUUUGAUAUCAGGGAUAGAGUGGGGGUUUUGAAGAGUGCACUGGAUUCCCGAAGAUCUGCUGGCAGCUCAUAAGCUCUGGUCUGCUCACAGAGCUUUUAGAAUCGUUAUGGUACAUGGAAAGAAUGCUAAUAUGAUUGCCAUCUUCUAAAACAAGUCUAGUUCCAUGAAUGUACAAGAGAGAACAGAUAGUAGAUUUUCAGGAAACUCAGAUCAACAGUAUAUUUAAUCUUAAAGGAAAAAAAGAGACCUAUUGCCUGGGUUAUUUAUAUUAUAAGGAAAUUUAUAAAAGAGGAAAAUUUAAAAAAAAGAAGAGAGCUUAGAGAAUAAGAUUUAUGAGUAAAGGGAAAGAAAACCAGAACAACAAAACAGGAACUUCUAAGGACAUGUUCUACAGAGGUCUCCUGGGCUGGAGGAUGACAUCAAGAUGGGUUUCCCUUUUGACAGUUAUCCUCCCACCACAAACCACCACCCAGUGAUCUCCCCCCCCCCCGCCCCCGCACCCAAUCUGGGCCCUUAAGUCGCCUUGCUCUCAUUUUACUCUCUUCAGUUUUUUCCCUUUUACUUUGCUUCUACUUCUCUCACUCCAGAUUCUUUCUUUCCUCCCUAUCCUUCUCUGUGCUUUUUCAUUUGCCUUGGGGAAGAGCCAUCACUUACCCAGUAAGUCGCGUCUUCAUUUUCCUCGAUGACAUGAAAUUCUUAAGUGCUUUUAUUGAUGCAUUGAAGUGUUGCCAACUCUCUAGUGGAGUUGGAAGACCUAUUGGGAUAUCACAUUUUUAAAAAAGUAGUAGGUAUAGCAAAAUCACUGUGUGUAUUAUAUAUAUAUA